GGGAAGUUAGAUAUCGCUAAGCGGAGGAGGGAGGGAGGGAGGGGAGAGGAAGCCUUAGAUUAGAAUAGUUCCCGCCGCCAUGGCCGUUACGGCGUCUGGAUUCAUCGGCAAAGCUACAAUCUCCUCCGUUCGAGUAGAGUUCUCUUCCAAAUUAUCAUACCUGAAACGUCCCUUCUCUGCCUCAAAGCCUCCGGUGGUUCGGUCCGUAGCCUUAUCGCCGCCGGCGAGAACAGUUGAGUCACCGCCGGUUGGUUACCGGAAAAAUGUUGGGAUUUGUCUCGUUAGUCCAUGUAGAAAGAUUUUUACUGCAUCAAAGAUUCACGUUCCGGAUACAUGGCAAAUGCCUCAGGGUGGUGCUGAUGAGGGAGAAGAUCUUAGAAAUGCUGCUUUUAGAGAGCUCAGAGAAGAAACAGGGGUUACCUCUGCUGAAUUCAUUGCCGAGAUACCAAACUGGCUGACCUAUGAUUUCCCCCGGGAUGUGAAGGACAAACUGAAUCGGAAAUGGCGAACAAGUUACAAAGGCCAAGCUCAGAAAUGGUUUCUCUUCAAGUUCACUGGCAAGGAAGAAGAAAUAAAUCUCCUAGGAGAUGGUACUGCAAAACCAGAGUUUAAGGUGUGGUCCUGGAUGCUACCCGAACAAGUGAUUGAACAUGCUGUAUAUUUCAAGAGACCUGUCUACGAGCAUGUCAUAAAUCAAUUCAAUCCUUACUUUGUGGAUGAAGACAAGGAACUCCCGUAAGGAUUGAAACGUACACAAGAUCGGUCAAAAAAAAAGUGAAUACUGAUUAGGAGGAAAUCAACCAAUCAUUAUACCCCCAUCAUAGAUGAAAUUGCUUCAUUAUCUUUAUGUUUGGACACUUCAAAAAUUGUACUUAUGAAAUGCAAACUACUGUUCUUAGAGAGCUCAUAAUCGAAGUUUUCAUGGCAUUGGAUAAUAAAUUAUCCAGCAAUAUUUAAGCAUUCUUAUUCCUGAGAUGUAUUUGCAUAAGAACCGAUGAUUCUGUUGAACUUUGGUUAUAUAUAAAUAAAUCAUCAGGAACUUGUUAACUAUCUGAAACUUCCUUCCAGUUUCCGUUGGUCUGUAAAGAGAGUUAUAAGCCCACGUAAAAGUUACAAAUAGGCUUUGACAACUAUUAGUUAUAUCCUUUUGUGGGCUUCGAAAAGCCCAUGUAAAUUCAUCUUAAACCCUUCCUUUUUUUUCUUUCUGCAAAGCGUUCGCCGGCGUCUGUCUAUUUGGCCGAUUAUUGGUUUAAAAAGGCGUCUACUUAAACCAGCCUAAUCAAACACCUUAACCGAUUUCCUCCUUUCUCUUCCGCCACCACCUCUGUUCGUUAUUAGGUAUUUCACACCAGAACUGUUGACUGCUCUCUUUCAACUCGAGGAGAAAGCUUAGUUGUGAUUCUUACUACGUAGCUAACAAUGGUUCGCUCCAAGGCUCCUGGAAAGAAGCAGCAGAAGAAAGGAAUCGACUUUAAG